CAACUGUGUCUUUCAGAAGCCUUGCCUAGAAGAAGUCCUCCUCACUCACACUGAGUGUAGGAGAGAAGAUAUUGCAGGAUGCAGGCGAGAGCUGCUUAGGAGAUUGGUAAACAUGUUCAUGGGCGUUAUGGAAAUAAAGGGUGUAUCCAAAUACCGUGGAGAAGGGAUAAUUAAGGAAGUCCCUAGUAAAAUUAUUCCUUUUAUGUAUCUUCCUGAAUAUCGAAACAAAUGGGACAAAGCAUUGCAAUCUUACAAGCUGUUAGAAAGGAUUGACCAGGACACUGGUAUAUACCACAGUGUAACACACAGUUACGGUAUGGGACUGAUUUCAUCAAGAGAUUUUGUUGACCUGCUGCAUGUUAAACCAUACCCUGGUGAUAUCCUUACAACUAACUCUGUCAGUGUGGAAUACUCCAGCUGCCCUCCAACUCCCUCUUGUGUCCGAGGCUACAACAAUCCCUGUGGAUAUGUGUGUUCACCUUUGCCCGAGAAUCCAGAGCAUUCUAAGCUAGUUGUAUUUAUUCAGCCACAACUAGGAGGAAUGCUUCCAGGUUCUGUAGUGGAGACAGCAUUACCUAAUACUCUCAUAAACUUGAUCACUGAAACGAGAGCUGGACUGAAAGGCUUGAAAGACCAUAAUUAA